AUGGACGGAAAAUCUGCAUCGGCCCCAAUGUCGGAGAACCAGAACUCUGCUUCCCCAGCGCGUCAGGAUCGCGAUAUCCUGAAUGACAAGACCGAGGAAGACCUUGAACUGCGCAUUGCGCCGGAUCAAUUCGAUGAGAAAUACCGCACCACCAAAUGGGAGAUAUGGGCCUAUUACGCGUGGGUGAAUAAUCAUUUCGGCCCUACUGCCUUUCAAAACCUACUCAGCCAAGCUGCCGGGAGCGGAGGCACGUUAGUCUUUGUCGGGAGGAGUCGAUCAGUCGAGAGCAUCGUUCUACUCUGUAACGGCAUCUCCUUUGCGGCUCAAGUUGCCGUCUUUCUCGUCAUAGGAAGCUUCGCCGAUUUUGGGACGUGGCGUCCCAAUAUCCUGAUUACCUUGUCCCUCGUCGCGUAUGGAAUCGGCUUUGGCUGGCUCGGCGUCCAUACACCAGAUAAAUGGCAUGUCGGCGUCGGGCUGUACAUUGUCGGGUUGAUCGCCUAUCAGACGACCUUGACCUUUUGGCUCGCAGCAUUUCCCUGUCUGGCGCGCAAUACAGCCACCCUACAAGCGAAGGCGGAUGCUUACAACGCCGGGGACAUAUCGCGCGAGGAGUAUGAUCAAGCGGACAUGAUGGAGCGCUCGAAACUGGCGAAUGUCGCUUUCUACGUGCAGUCUCUUGCGGAAAUUGUCAUCCUUGCUAUCAUUGUCGGGGUCAUGUUUGCUGUGAAUGUCAAUGCCAGCCAAGACAACAACAAUUGGGGUUUGAGUGUGCUUAUAGCCUUUGCAACUGGCGUCUGGCUGCUGGUCUCCUUACCAUGGUUCAUCCUCGAAAAGAGACGGCCGGGACAGGAUCAGAAAGGCAAGAAUAUCAUUGCUGCGGGCAUAUCUCAACUCUACUACGCACUCCGACAAGUUUGGAAACUGAAGCAGAGCUUAUUAUAUUUAAUCGGUUAUUUCCUGUUGGGGGACUCGUUGAACACGACGGCUGCUGGGAUUUACGGAUUCUGGUUCGUCCAGAAACGAUUCAACCUUGACACAAAAACCAUGUUCAAUGCCAUCGCUGUCGGUAUCGUCUUGCUUGAUGGCUGGGGCAUGAUUGGGAUAUGGACCCAGAAAUUUGGAUUCCACAAUGCCUGGGAGUUCUGGCUUUAUCAGGUGUUCUACGGUCUGUUCGUCUGCCCAUGGUACAGUUACUCGCAGAUCAUGAUCUCGGAGGUCGCCCCCCGCGGGCAUGACUUUUUGUUCUUCAGUCUGUUCAGCAUUAUUGGAAAGACAUCGUCAUUCAUCGGACCGUUGAUCUCGAGUGCAAUCAUUGAUGCCACGCCGUCGCGGAAUAGCUCUACUCCGUUCUAUUUCCUUUUUGUGCUCAGCAUUGUUAGCUUUGGUGUUUUGGCUAUUUGGCUAGAUCUAGACAAGAGUCGACGCGAGCAGGCGCGUUUUCUACAAGAAAAAGAAGGACGGGAGGAAUAG